CAUUCCAGGACAAGAUGUGGCUGUGCCGUCUACUUGUCCCUUAGCUACUUCAGAGGAGCUGGCAAAGUGGCCGUCAGCCUUGCCCGAGAGCCAUGGCAAAGAGUGGAAUUGUAAUUUACAUCCUGGUUAUCACCUUGCUCCUGGACCAGACCAGCAGCCACACGUCCAAGUUCAAAGCCAGGAAGCACAGCAAACGCCGAGUAAAAGAAAAGGAUGGAGACCUGAAAACUCAAGUUGAAAAGCUUUGGAGAGAAGUCAACGCCCUGAAGGAAAUGCAAGCCCUGCAGUCAGUCUGUCUCCGAGGCACAAAAUUUAACAAGAAAUGCUACCUUGCAUCAGAAAGCUCGAAGCACUUCCAUGAUGCCAAUGAAGACUGCAUUUCCAAGGGAGGGACCCUGGUUAUCCCCAGAAGCUCUGAUGAAAUCAAUGCCCUCCGAGACUAUGGUAAAAGGAGCCUGCCAGGUGUCAAUGACUUUUGGCUGGGCAUCAAUGACAUGGUCACAGAAGGCAAGUUUGUGGAUGUCAAUGGAAUCACCAUUUCCUUCCUCAACUGGGACAACGCACAGCCUAAUGGUGGCAAGCGGGAAAACUGUGCCCUGCUCUCCCAAUCAGCUCAGGGCAAAUGGAGUGACGAGGUCUGUGGUAGCAGCAAGAGGUACAUAUGUGAAUUUACCAUCCCUUAAUAGACCCUUCUCAAAUGCAUCUUCCAAGCAAGAUUGGUCAUGAUUUAUAGGCUGACGGUCCCCAAGAAUAAGUUAAAAUUGUCACACGGGAGACUGUGUCCUUAGGAAUAUAAGAGUCAGCCAAUUUUGCUACCAUAUUUCAUUGUCUUUGCCCUCCAUCUGGUAUGGAGGAUCAGAAAAUAAUGAUCCAGCCAUGUGCACACUGCUCAAGUGGCUUCUGCAAAAUGGACCAUCAAAUCCUUCUCUCUUGCUAGUCCCUCUGACUUGUAUAGACCAGGUCUGUGUUAAAAAUACGGUAGCUGGAAAGCAAGCUUAAGCUACCUGGAAGAUUUUCUCUUGAAAGUUUGGUAUAUAUUUGAUUGAUGAGAAUUCUCUGAAUCAGAGAUUCUAGGUGCUAUAUAAUCCAAAAACUUUCCAUCUGAGGCUCAAUCUACCCCAUGCUGGUCAUAGUGUCUUGUUAGACCACUACCCUUUCUUUGAGCUGCUGCGUCUCCCGGUGGGACUUGUAUCUUGUCGGCCACAUCAGAACACAAAUGUCUCAGAAAUGUUCUAAUUUAACUGUUUUCUUCAAGACCCCCUCCCCCCACCAUACACACACCUUUUUUUGGAAAUGCCCAGUUAAGAUCUGAAAGGAAAUGAUAAGGCAGCAUAUUUGGUCAGUUUCCACUCCCAGCAUUGCAUUACAAUUUCUGACUUGAAUGGGUAACCCCAAGGUAGAGCAGAGCAGCAGACUGUAAGGGAAAAGAAAAUAGGAAAAACAAAAUGUCUACUUUUCCUUUGCUUUAGCAUCCUUACCCUCCUUGAUGAAAUCGAGGCUGGACAUUAUAUAUGUUAGGUUCCUUUUUUUACAUACUUUAUAUACUUAUAUAUAUUUCAACAAUCAUCAUAUAUUUAAGCCUAUUAGGGGCAAUCUAUCUUUGGAGCUUGAAAAUUGGAUUUAAGUAAUACUAUUUCGGAGUCACACGUCUAUGCAAUAUUUUAUUCUGUCAAGUGCUAUUCCAAUUAAAUAGUUUAAUUAGAUUGUAUAAAAUAACUUCAUUGCUUAAUAUGAAACUACAGCUUAGGCUUGGGGGAAUGGGCUUUUUAGAAGCCAACAAUUCUAAGUACAUUCUGUUCCUCAAAUAACUUUUUUUUUCUUUAAAUGUUGCAUGUGUUUUGUGAACAGUAUCCCUCUAUGCAAACUUUAACUACAUGUGCUCAGAAUUAAGUUUUAGUUCUUUUCAUUGCACAAUAAUAAAGCCUGAAUUCUGAUCAAUG